AUAAUUCACACAUCGCCAUCCCUCUCUUCUUCUUUCUCCCUCUGCUUUUGCCUAAUUUCGCUCUUCCUUCCUCUAAUCGUCUCUAGAACAACACAUUAAUCCAUCCAUGGAAAGGAAAAUAAAUUUGAGAAACAGCUUCAGCUGGAGUGAAAUGAAGAGAAGCGAAUCCGCUUUGGCGCUCGAUCAGUUCUUAGCAUCCGAAGAGCUGAGGAAGCAGAUUCAGAGUCAUAGCGAAGAAGAUCACCACAUCUUCCAAGAGGUUUUUGACUCUCGCCAUCUUCUUCUUCUUUCGCCAAAUUAUCAAAAUUCGAAAAUUUAUAAAGGAUCAAUAGAAAAUCCAUCUCCUUCACAAAAGAUCUUUUACCUCAAUCAUUGUACCUCUUCUGCAUGGAUGGACUCUCAAUCAUCAAUUUGUGUUGACAGCCCGAUAUCCGUCAACAACUCAAAGGAUUCGUCACACGAACAUGAAUCGGAUGAAGACGAGCAAGAGCUUGAAGCUGGCCCUUGCGAAGAAAGCACAAAUCCUGCCUACAUCAAACGCAUGAAGCGGAUGGUUUCGAAUAGGGAGUCCGCGCGUCGCUCAAGACGAAGGAAGCAAGCACAUUUAGAUGAUCUCGAACGCCAGGUUGAGCUAUUGCGAGGGGAGAAUGAAACAUUGUUCAAACAACUUGCAGAAGCUACUCAACAAUUUAAAGAUUCUACGAUGAAUAAUAGAGUCCUUAGAUCGGAUGUUGAAGCCCUAAGAGCCAAGGUGAAACUAGCCGAGGACAUGGUUACCCGUGGCUCUUUGACUUCGAGUUUGAGCCAUCUUCUUACAAACUAUUUGAACACGUCCCGCGACUUCAACAACAACAGCAUGAACCGUGUCGAUACCAUCUCCUCGAUUAUGGCUCCUUGCGCCUCGGUGGACAACAACAAUUCUCACUUUCCUGUUGCGCCCGAACCAAACAUUGGAGUUGAUCAAAGCAGCAAUGCCUCGAAUGGAGCCGUGCUUCCGGAGAUAUGGGAUUGGAAACCGGACACAAUCGCUCCCGGGUUGAAAUAGGCCAGGUUUUUUUUUGUUUGAAUUAGUUUCAUCACAUGUCCUAAUUUGAAUCUUUGUUAGAGUUGUUGCUAAAUUAUUUUUAGAAAGCUACCGUGCGCAGAAUUAUGAACUUUUGGAAGAAGAAACAUAACCGGGUGGAACAUUAAUUCAUUUGAAUGUUUGAUUAGUUUGGAUUGGUUUGUGUU